AUGAACAUAGCUGAUCUAAUUGCAAUCGAUCUUACCAACGAUCGCGACUAUCCCUCGGUCGGCAGUGCGCCGUUGACCAUCGGUCCAGGAGCAACUUACUCCACCAUCCACGGCCCAUCCGUCAUCUGUGUGCAGUCUUCGGCUCCCAGGAGCGUAGUCCUACCAAACGUGGCAACCGUGGCUGGUUUCUAUCCCUCGACCACGCCGACUUACGUCGAACGCCGCUACCCGACGCGGCGCACCACGUGUUUGGCCGAUCUGCCGGUGCCUCAUUCAUCGGCGACGUUCGGUGCCACACUUGCUCCAGGAAGUGCACCGGAAAAUCCGUCGCACGCGAUCCCGACCAGUGUGCUUAAGUUAACUCCGCCACGAUCUUCACCACCUGUAACGUUGUUGCAAGUGAACGAUGCCAAUCGGUCCCCGACGCCAGUGUUUGCGAUGGACUUUACGCGCAUCAACACGGCCGGAACGAGUGAGGAAAGCGAGCGGCUGGUGAAGGAUGUGGUGCUUUCAUUCGCCAACUCUUUUACCGGAAAUAACAGCACGUCCGGUACGCCAUCGUCCCCGGUAGUGGCGCAUUCCUCGGCCAGUGCUUCCUACUGUUCGUCCUCCUCGUCGGCCGCAGAACUGCUGGGCCAGUGUGACGUGAGCUUGUGGAGGAAGCGUGCUCUCGAGAUUGAGAAAGAUUACAAAAAAUCGGCGUGCGAUCGCGAACGGACCAGGAUGCGAGAUAUGAACAAGGCUUUCGACAUGCUGCGUUCCAAGCUACCCCACAAGAAACCUUCCGGGAAAAAGUAUUCCAAAAUAGAAUGCCUACGGGUGGCCAUCCAAUACAUCCGACAUCUGCAACGGGAACUGGAGUAUCCUACCACACCUUCGCCUCAGCCGGACGACUUUGUGUACGAUCCCCCACCAUCCUACAACCCCAUGUUACCUUCGAACGCCUACAUUAGCCUAGAUCCGAACAACAACAUGCCCAUGGUUACGGUUCAAACUCUGUCGGUCACCAACGGAUCCGUACCAUCAAUACCGGCACAACCUCCGGUUGGUCCUCCGCCACCAGCUCCGCCCCAGCUACAAACGUUACAACAGUCUUCUUCGGCGCAGGCUCAUAACUCCCAGUGGUUCAUUGGCAACAGUCCUGAUGGCUACAGUUACUACUAUCUUCCUUAG